AUGUUCUACGCCAAUAAUUUUGAAAAUAAAGAUACAGAACAUCAUACCUAUAAGACAUACUUGAAAGCAAUUAAGAAUGACCCGAAACUAUUAGAACCCCGUGAUAGUGAAACAGCACAAGGGUUAGCAGAAAAAGCUUUAAAGGAAUUUAAGGAUACGUCUGACAGCCGAUGGAUACAUCUAUCAGAACGUAAGCGAGUUCAUCUUCAUGAAGAAAAGUCGGUUGAAUCACGAAAAAAGAAAGUAUCCUCAAGACAAAGAGGAGAUACAUUGCCUGAUAGCACAAAAAUUGAAAAGGUGACUCCACUUGAUUUAGUGCAGUCAGAUAAUGAUGAUCAUCCCUCUCAAGAAGAAGAUGAAGGUGUAUUAAAUAUAAUCGAUUUAUCUGUCAUGAGCGAAUGGUUUUCCAUUGAGGAUAUAAAAUUCAUGACAAAAGAUUAUGCUGAUCUGUUAAAGGUUCCUCAGUUGCUGACAGAAGAAAAUUCAUUCAUAUCGAAAAUGGUACUUAAGGGAAAUGUAAAUGAUGCAUACAAGCUUUGCAUUGAAAAUCAUGUUGAUUCUGAAGAAAACAGCUAUAUGCACAAAAUAAGUAAGAUAUAUGCUGAGUUUAUUUAUAAAAGCAAGAACAAAGUCAAUAUCCUAAAUUAUGCAGGAGAUACGCACACAGAACUUGAUGUCAUCGUGAAGGCUUUCGGGUAUAUUAUUGAAAGACUGAACCCUGAUUUUGAAAUACAUCAAAAAUGGUUAGUAAAAGGCAUGGAAUAUUUGUUACUUCGUGAUCAAACUAUUUAUUAUACUUACAACCAUAUUCAUGGUCUAAAGGAGGAAUCCUUCUGCCCACUAAGUAAAAGUAAUAACUACAACAAGGGCAGAAAAUGUGACUUGCGCUUUCUAUCAAUGUCUGGAGUAGACAUAGGGGAGUGGGAAUUUGUAUCGGAAGUAAUCCCCCAUAAGGCUGUUGGUGACCGUUGCAGAUCUGCUAGGGUUAAUCAGUCUAUUUUGAAUGGAUUGUUAAAUCUCAACCUCACUGACAAGCAGGCUAAAAGUAUUAAAGUGCCCUUUAUGCAAGUAUGUCGCACAAGUGGCCAAAUGUUAAUCGAAGAUUUGGUUGAGGGCUUCUAUGUAAUAUAUCCUAGACUGAAAUUUGAGCUUCCGACAAGGCUUCAGCAUAUUAAAAAGCUUAAAUCUGCCGUCAAUACUAUAAAUUUUAUUAUAGAUAUGUAUGAGCAAACAAAUAAAAUAGCAGAGACUCAAGAAAACACACAUAAUGGAUUCGAUAAUAUUUUUAGUGAUGAUUCUGAUAUCAAACCUACUCAUUAUAAGGCCAAAUAUAUACAUAAACCAUGGUGGUCCCCAAAGGGUAAAAAAUCAUAA